GUGAGUGCUGAUUGGUUGUGCUACGUUUUUUUUUUAGGAGUUCAGUGCCUGCAAGUUGUAGCUAGAAUAUAUGAACCGCUGAGUGAUAUAGCUGAGUACAUGAGCUCACCGAUGGCUUUCGUGUUAGCAGCUUAUGGAACAUUUAAUUUGAUUCUUCUGUACUCAAUUACCCACGUCUGUUGCUUGCUAAAAGCGGAAGUGAAAAAACUAGAUAAAACCUGUAAAAAUCUUCAACAAAUUUGCAGUUCAGAAAAAGAGCUCGAGGAACUCAGAGAUUUUGCAAUACAAAUUGAAAUGAGCCACGUUAAAUUUACUGCGGGAAGAUAUUACGAAGUCAACAGGAAUACUGUGUUUUUGCAUAUGAGCGUUGUGUUUUCUUAUUUUGUUGCUAUGGUGCAUCUUGAAACUUAAAAUGUAUUUUCAAUAUGUAAUUUAUUAACAAUAAAUUUGAUGUAAGAAAGCGAUGAUUUUUUUCAACGAUAAUAAUUCUAUAAAACUAUCAUCCUUAAUCAUUUUUCAGCUAGAACUCAAAGUAUGGUAUCUCAUGAUAACAAAAACUCCUGGACAUUUACUGAAGUAAUCCAUUAUAACUGUUUCGCUUUGGUAGAGUUCAUGAUAUUCAUUGUAAUUAUUGACAUUGUGCGUUUUGAUAUUUGAAUUACGCGCGAUCUAACGUUCAUUAUCCGCGUUCUGACAGCCAGCUGUACGCGUUUGGACUUCCUGCCGCGCGCGCACAACCUCCCGAAGUUCAAUCCUACACAACGACAACGAGGAAGGAGUCGAUUCGCCGCCAUCAUAGAAUAAGCAAUGCCGACCAUGCCGUGCCGAAUUCUAUGAACACUCUAUGGUUCAAGUAAGUUCGGUUACGUUAAGAUUCACAUUCACAAUUUUAUUGCGCAUUCAGUUGACCAGCUCAGAGGUCAUUUUACUAGUAUACAGUCCGCUAUCUGUUCAGUAGUGUUCAUUUUAUUUUCGAAAGUACCAUUUUGAACCAGCAAAUACAACAAUAACCAAGAUGUAUUUGUUACCACGCUCUAACUCAGGGAACAGUCCAGCAACAUCUAUCGCUAUUCUUUCAAAUGGGAGACCAACGUUGUACUGUUUCAUGGGCCCCCGAGAUCUUAGUUUAGGACCUUUACUGGUACCAUAGAUAUCGCGUUUUCGACAACAAUUUUUAACGUCUUCAUGAUAGUGAAUCCAGUGAAAACGAAUUUUAUCCAAAGUCUUGUCAACUCCAAAAUGUUCCGUCAUAUAUUUCUUUUAAUACAUCUUCUACUUGGUUUUUUGGGAUAACCAGUUGGCUCUUGGUGGAUUUCUGAU